ACUGAACCGUCCAUUCCCCUGUACGUUACCGAACCUUGGGGUUGCCAUCUCCGAACUGAUAGUCUGAGAACAGGUAGCACGCGCCGGGAGAGAUGGCGACCAUCGCCGUCCCGACGCCCCUGCCGUCCCCGGCCGCCGACGCCGAGAGCCUGAGAAAUGCCAUGCAAGGUUGGGGCACCGACGAGAAGGCCCUGGUGGAGAUCCUCGGCCGGCGAACCGGGGAGCAGCGCGCCGAGAUACGGCGCGCCUACGCCAGCGUCUACAAGGAGUCGCUCCUCACCCGCCUCGACUCCGAGCUCUCCAGCCACUUCCAGGUACGCUCCCGUCUCGCAUUCACAAGCGAUCGAUGUAAGAUCACGAUCGAUGAUGGACUGGUCUUUUUGCAUUUUCUGCCCGUGAAGAAAGCGAUGAUCCUCCUGACGACGGACCCGGCGGAGAGGGACGCGAAGCUGGUGAGGGCGGCCCUGGAGAAGAAGCGGGGCGACGACAAGGACGCGUGGGUGCUCAUCGAGGCCUCCUGCGCGUCCACGCCGGACCACCUCAUCGCCGUCCGCCGCGUGUACCGCUCCCUCUUCGGCUGCUCCCUGGAGGAGGACGUCGCCGCCUCCUCCGCGUUCCAGCAGCCGCUCAGAACGCUGCUGGUGAGCCUGGUGAGAUCGUACCGCUGCGCGGAGGAAGCCGUCGACGCGGACCUCGCGAGGCUGGAGGCGGCGACGCUGGCGGAGGCCAUCUGGAGGAAGAAGCAGCCGCACGGGAGCGAGGUCCUCCGGAUCGUGAGCACCAGGAGCAAGUCGCAGCUCACAGCCACGUUCCAGUGCUACAAGGAGGAACAUGGCAGCGACAUCGAGCAGGAUAUCGACAACUGCAGCAGCCAGUUUGCAAGGAUGCUCAAGAUCGCCGUCUGGUGCCUCACAUCCCCCGAGAAGCACUUCGCAGAGGUUAUCAGAUAUUCCAUCCUUGGACUUGGAACAGACGAGGACGCGCUCACCAGGGCAAUCGUGUCACGGGCUGAUAUCGACAUGAAGCACAUCAAAGAGGAGUACAAGGUCAGGUUUAAGACGACGGUGACAAAAGAUGUCGUCGGCGAUUGUUCGGGGUAUUACCUGGAUAUCUUGCUGGCCCUGGUAGGGAGCGAGGACUGAAAGAAUUUCUAUUUGCAGGAGGGAUGUGUAAAGUUGUGGGUGUUUGUAUCAAAUAAAGGUCAACAGACUGUACUUAUCAUCUUGUGUUGAGGAAACUGUUUUCGAUGGUGAACUGCAACCUUGUUCGAUGUGCAAAGACCAAAUAAGUACCUCAUUUUCUUA